UCAAAGCGACACGCGACCGGCGUGAGAAGGGGGGCUCCCAGGCGCGUGCCGCUUUUUAAAGGGACGCAGCGCCUUCAGACACCAGAGAAGCGGUCUUGCACGCGACCCUGAGCAGGCAACCGGCGCAACUGCAAAAGGAGACCUGUGGGAACAGCAAAACUUUUUAAUACUUUUUUGGAAAGUUUUUACAUACCUGUUUUGUCUGUUUCCAAGAUACGCAAACGAUUUUUUUUUUCUACCAUGGAUGGAAUGAAUGUGGAGGAAUGGGGCAAAGAUGCGAAAGGCAUGAGCACGUUCGACGGCCAGCAGUCGAGCUCGGGGAGGGGGGAGCACCGUGGGUACCCACAAGACCUGGCACUAAUGGACAGCAGCGACCCACGCGCCUGGCUGGCUCCCGUGCAGCCUGCCACCUGCGCGGCACACGCCGAGUACCUGUUGCACUCGCCCGGCUCCAGCGUGGAAGGCGUGUCCCCUUCGGCAAGUCACGGCUCGAGCUACAGGAAGAGCACCAAGAGCCCCGCCAAAGUGCGCGACCUCUGUCGACUUAAGGGCGUCGCGGGAACGGAGGAGGGCAGACAGAGAGCUCCGUCCAGCAAACCAGCGAACGUGGUGCAGAAACAGAGGCGCGUGGCGGCCAAUGCUCGCGAGAGACGGCGGAUGCACGGACUGAAUCAUGCUUUUGACGAGCUGCGCAGCGUCAUUCCGGCUUUCGACAACGACAAGAAGCUGUCCAAGUACGAGACGCUGCAGAUGGCGCAGAUCUACAUCAACGCGCUGUCGGACCUUUUGCAGGGUCCAGGUGCAACGGCGGAGUCGCCAAAGUGCGAGCUCAGGUCCACCGCUGCCUACGACGAGGACAGCAGUCCUCGGGGACCAUCGUCUUCCUCGUGUCGGAGAGGAAUAGCCACAGCGUACCCGGUGCAGCUCAACGCGAUGCCAUUCCCAUACGACAGCGGGGCGUUCACGGCGCUACUAGGACAGGAGAUGCUGUCUCCCACAGACACGGCCAAGUCGCCCUCCGAGGACAGCAAAGACUCGCCCCGUUCGAACCGCAGCGACGGAGAGUUCUCCCCGCACUCGCACUUCAGCGACUCGGACGAGACACACCUGGAGCUACAGAGCGAAGACGAGCUCCCAGAACUCAAACUCACCAGCCACCAUACCUUCUAACGCCGAUUCCCUUCGGGUUCCGAUGUCUCGCCUCAAUAAUUUCUGGAGUGGGCUUAUCCCCUCUUCUUUAAUUACGUUACAUAAGGAAAAACUUUAACAUAUUAUUUCGUUUGUGAACCAUUUUUUAUGUUUUUUUUUCAGUGUAGGCAACUUUCAUAUAAUUCUGCUCUGCCAAUUGAAUUGUCCCGUUCCCGGUGACAUUGAGGGGUCCUCUCUGCCAUGUCGCCUCUCAGGCGCUACUCCGCCACGGGUUCUCAGAUGUUACCCCCCAAAAAAAGUUUGUCUUCCACGAGAAUUCGCCUAAGUCUGAUAAUGUAUGAAAUUAUUUACUGAUCGUUUGCCUUAUACUGUUCAUGGUCCAUAUUUUUCUCUCUCUCUCUCACACUCUCUCUGUCUUUGUAUAAAUUUAUCCAGAACUUCUAAAGUUAACGCUUGCACUUUAAAUACGAGCCUGAGGCUCGAAGAGAACGACAAACGUAUGUUAUGAAAUACAAUUGUUAUGAUACUUGUAGUACUGCCAAUUUGUUAUUAUUUAAAAUAGCCAUUAGUUUUUUUUUAUUAUUAUUAUUGUUUGUUUUUCAUUAUUUGUAAAGCGAAGAUCUUCUUGCUUUUACUCGAAGGUGAUGGUGAAGUAUUUAUUUCUUGAGUGUUUGCUUUUGUUCUGCUUUUUUUUUACAGUGAAAUGUUACAUUUGCUGAAAGCUAGCAAUUUUGCCAUUGU